UGAGAUCGCUUUGCUCAAGGGCAGACCUCACUGUGGACUCGGGAUCAGCAUUCUUUACAUGGAGAAGCCAAUCCCCCUUUUUGCUGCAGAUACACAGCUGGAAAGUUGUGAGGAGCCCCGGUCUGUGCAGCCAUCACUUAUGUGGGAGAGAGGGAGGUCCGGUCUGUUCUGUAACACUAGGAGACACACACAGGCAGUCUGGGGGCGGGAAGCAAGAAGUUAAGCGGACACGUAGCUGCCACAGCCCUUCUACUGACAGCAGCACCCGCUCUGCAUCUUCCUCCUCUGCUGCAACUCCCUCAGCAGCUCGCCCCGGGGAACAUUCUCACAAGUGAUAACUUUGGACAAACUCCCAGGAGCGGCUUUGUGCUUCAUUGAAGACAUAUGGGGAGGGUUAGCUUUACUCAGAAGUGAUGUAUUACACAAUGUGGCAAUAAAGUAAGGACUGGAAGAUUGUGUGCGACUGAUGCGCUCAAUUGCACGGGGGCCGCGUGUUCCCUGACCAGAAUACACUGUCAGGGCCACUGAUCGGGAGGAUACAGUCUGAGCCUCAACACUAUCGGCCGGAGAAAGUGCGAUACGCUUGGGAUACGGGCGUCUGGAUUCAACAGAGAACCCGCUAGAACAGUGAGCGGCAGAAGCUUUGGAACAAGCCCUGGUGCCUCUUGUGUCUCCUGUUGGGAUGUGGGUGCGACGGCCUGGGGAGGGGUGAGGAUGGCGUCGGCGGUGUUUGCGGGCACGUCCCUGGUGAAUAUGUUUGUGAAGGACUGUUGGGUGAACGGGAUCAGGAGACUUAUCAUUAACCGCAGGGGGGACGAGGAGGAGUUCUUUGAGAUCCGGACAGAAUGGUCAGACAGGGACAUAUUGUACUUGCACAGGAGCUACUCGGACCUGGGGCGACUCUUCAGGAGGCUGCUGGACUCUUUCCCUGAGGAUCACGGCGAGUUGUCCCGCUCUUCUUUGCUGGAAGGUCUUAUUACAAUUAAAGAUGCUCAUGAAAUUGAAGCAAGACUUAAUGAAGUAGAGAAGCUUUUGAAGACAAUCAUAAAUAUGCCUUGCAAGUAUUCAAGAUCAGAAGUGGUUCUCACAUUCUUUGAGAGGUCUCCGUUGGACCAAGUAUUAAAAAAUGAUAAUGUACACAAGAUUCAGCCAAACUUCCAGAGUCCCAUUAAAAUAUCUGAAAUCAUGCGUUCCAAUGGAUUCUGUUUGGCAAACACAGAAACCAUAGUGAUCGAUCACAGCCUUCCCCAUGUGAAAGAUCCAGAUUUGGAUGUCGAUUCCACAGAUCUUUUAUAUGGAAAUGGGACUGAAUUCUCUCCAGAUGCAGAGGACAGUGAUGAUCCAUCAGCUUAUGUUACCAACUUGUCCUACUAUCACUUGGUUCCAUUUGAAACAGAUAUAUUGGACUGAUAUCUCUAAUUUCAGAUUGACUGAUUUUGUUAAAACCUGUUGUGUGCUGCUGUUCUUAUGGGCUAUUAUUUUAACAAAGAGACUCCAGUGCCUGGUAGAAAUAUGCACAAAAUGUACACACUGCACCAGCGCAGUAGGAUAGGUUGUACCGUAAGCCUCUGUUUUUAUAAUGAAAAUUUGUUCUUUUCAGUAUUAGCUCAGCACUGAAAACUGUGGCUUGGCCUAGUAGUGCAUGAUCUCAGGCAAUUAUUACUGCAUGACCUUAACUGGAUUCUUAAAUACCAGUAGCACCAUGGAUCUAGAAAACAAACACAUUUAUGCUGGAACGAGUUUAUUGUAGUAAGGAAAACAAGAAAUAAGGAAAGGGUAGAAAUUGCACCUAACUGAAAGUUCUGACAAUGUGUGAAGAGGAAUGAAUGCAAUCGGUGAAGUAAAUAUACAUUGGCAGUUGGUUGUGGAUUUUGUCUUGUGGGAAUGUGUCAUUUAAAUUUGUCUCCCUCAAGAAUAUUUUGUACAGGUUUUCAUCUGUUUGAAUCCUUGGACAUCAGUACGUUUAAAGAUAUGCCAAAUGCAAGUGAGCUUUCUUGGAUACAUACAUUGAGAGACUUUUAGAGGAUUAAACAUUUUGCUGAAGCUGUUUGCUACCGAGCAGUUCAAUAUUAACUCUUUUAUACCACUCAGAUAUUACUUUUAUAAAGGGAUUUCUGCCAUUUUGAUAUUUUCUUUAAAUGGACGGUCAUUUAUUUGCAUUAAAAAAAAAAUCUUCUUUUCAGCUCUGUAUUCUAACAGGAACUAAAUUCUAAUGUAAAUAAUAUUAAAUUAUUGAAAAUCUUAAUUCUUUUAUAGAGUGUGUUUAAAGCAAUAUUUUAUUGAAAUAAAAACUAUUACUCACAUUA